CCGACCGAGAGCCCGGGCUCGGCGUGAGCCCGCCGCGACCCCGCGUCCCGCGGGCGCUGGGACCUGCGGCGCAGGCGGAGCCGGAGGAGACCGGCGGCCGCAGGGUCCUGCCCGGGAACAUGACCUACUAUGGAAGAUGCAUUGAGAUUGUGACAGAACAACUGGACAAAUUUAAGCCUGAGAAAGACAAUCCUGAGCUGUUCCUGGAGGCCGCAUCCACCUCCCUGAAGGUGCUGAGCCCACAGAAGCAGGCAUUCGUGUUGGAGCUCCUGUCUGGCUGCCUGCACUACAGAAAGCUCCUGGCCAUCGUAGUGGAUGCCUUCUAUGUACGGGACGGCCAGCUCUGCCUGUGGGCCGACUAUAGCCUCUUCCAAGUGCUCUGCUACCUGGCUACCUUCCAGCUGGAUGAGCUUGGCUUCCAGCUCUUCUGCAGCAUUGUCAAGGCGUUGCCUGUGGGCAAGACCUGCAAGUUCCUCAGGUUCUUCUUCAACCCCCUAAACCUGUGCUCCUGGAUCAAGGACGAGUGGAGCCUCAUCUACGUGGCGGCCCACGUGCAGGAGAACUGGAUCGAACCCCUGCUGAGGUGGCAGCCUGAGGUCCAGGGCCUGCUGGACCAGCUGGAGGGGGCAUCGGCCCACCAGGCCUCUCUCACCAAGGCCAAGGCCAAGGUCACAGAGCCUCGGGAAUUCAACCUGACUGCACCCCGGCCCCGUGCCAUUCCAGUGCCUGACCCAGUCCCCACUGUGGCCAAGCCUAGACCUGUUCCUCAGAGCACCUACCAGGAGCCCAAGGAGCAGCAGCAACUGCAGCUGGUCAAGAGAUUCAACCGCCUUAAGGCUGAGGAGCUGCUGCUGCUGGCGAACAGGGAAGAGCUGCGGUGUGCUAUGCCUAGGCCCCAUGGAGGGCCACCCGCACAGGCCCCCAAGAAACAGCAGCGGCCUCGAUCUGCCUUGCCCCACAUCCGGAAGGCUCCCAAGCUGACCUUCUACAGGCCUGACCAUGUCCCUGUCAAGCUGAACACAGCUGCCAUCCUGCGGGAAGGGGCCCUGUACCGGCGCCAGGUGGAGAAGGAGCUGCAGAGGGUUGACAAGCUCAUGGAUGGGCACGGGGACUUCUCAGAAUUUCUUGAGUGGCAGGAGCGGAUGCGGGCCAAGGACCGCGCGGCGCAGCUGGCUGAGAGUGAGUGCCGCAGGCUGCAGGGGAAGCUGAGUCACGAGGAGGCGGGGCUGGCCCGGCAGCGCGUCGUGCGGGAGAACAAGCAGAAGGCCGACCGGAAGAAGGAGCAGACUGCAGAGCUGAUGCUGCAGUGUGCUGAACAGCGUCUCCAGGAAGACAGGGCCAUGAAGGAGCUGGUGGAGCAGGUGGCAGAGGCGCAGAAGAACGUCCAGGUGGCUCAGAUGAAGCUGGUGAAGAGCCGGCGGCAAACAGUCCAGGCGAUGAUUGAGGAGAGCCGGGAGCUGCUGCUGCGCAGGCUGAAGGCGGCUGAGGAGGAGCAGAGGCAGCGCUGUGAGCUCAUCUCCCAGCUGCGUGCACUGGAGACGCAGCCCUCACGCAAGGGCAAGCUGGUGGACCUAACCCAGAUCCACGGGUAUGGCCUAGAAGGAGAGAUGUCUGUAGUAGAGCUGCGGGAGAGGCUGACCCUGCUCAAGGAGACGCGCAAGCGUGAGGAGGCCGAGAGGCGGGAUCAGAUCAUCCAGGACAAGCGCACCAAGAGUGAGGAGCUUCGGAACACACUGGAGCAGAUAUCCUUGUGCCGCAUGGCUGUGGGCAGAACCGCGGCCCUGAGGUGGGAGCGCAAGAAGGCAGGGGCGGCUGCCCCAGCCACAGACGAGCGCGUGCUGGAGCUGAGGCGCAAGAUCGCAGCUAGGGCAGCCGAACGCCUUGGGCACACCGCCCCGCCGUACGUGCCGGCGCCCCGGACCGCGCGCCCUCAGCCCCGAGUGAGCAGGCGGCCCCGGGAGCAGCGACCCAGGGAGCAGGAGCGGGUGGCUGGGCUCAGGGCGCGUCCCGCCCACAACAACCGCAGGCCGCCCACCCGCAGGCGCAGCUGGAGGCGCAGCACUGGCAAGAGCUGGAGAGGAGCCGCGAGCACAAGGUGCGGGGGAACAAGGGGCCCGCGCGCCGCCUGGAGGCCGCCUAAGUUUCCCGCAGGGCUGCCCGGGAAACGGCCGGACGCCGGGGCGCAGAGCGCGAGAAGCACGCCCUCUGCACCGCUCCUCCCGGGAUCCACCCUUCACUGGCGCCUGGAGUCUCCACGCGCCGAACUCGGCGAACUCGGCCGUUGCGGCCCAGAUCCGAAUCCUCCGCGGUGCCCGCGCCCUCUGUGGAUGUGGAAUCGCGAUCCCCACCCCAACCCCAGCCGGACCCCCGCCUGGGGAACGCCAAGCCGGGCUGCCUGAGCGCGCAUAUGCGCACCUCGGGCUGGCCCUUCCCACGUCUGGUUUCCUGGAACCCUCUGUGACGCGGAGCGCUUGGGAGCUGUCGCCCUUUCCAGUGCUGCGAACAAUGCCACCGGUGCUCAAAACUGGUGACCUCCC